AUGGGGGACUGCAGCGAUGAGCUCCUCAAGGAGCUUGAAAAUACCUACUGCCCACCAAUUGACCCCGCGUUGUUUGCUGCAAUCGUAUCAGACUUUGAUUUAGCGAUCCCCACUCAGGUCGAACAGUUACGUGAAACCCUAGACGUGUUGAACGCAUCUGCUGUUGAGCAAGAGAACUUGCCAUUUGACCCGACAGGCACAACCAACCUCCGCAAUUCUGACGUCUCGGGAUCUGUGAUCGAAUCGUCUGACGAUGCACCCUCCGAUUUUACAAGCUGGCCAUCGCUUGAUAAUCAAGAACACGAUAAUGACAACCCCAACUCUGCCAAUCAUGAGGUGCAAAAGCUCAAAGGCUCUAAGCUUGCAUACACCUUUCUGGGUAUGACAACUGCCGAGAAGGCACAGAAUUUGAUUAGCAUGUUCCCGAGUAUUACUCGCCUGGAAGCUGAACGCAUUCUUGAAGACUGCCAUGAUAACCUUAGCCGCUCGAUGGAUGUAUUGCUCAAUCUUGCUUUUAUUGAAGAAACACAAAUUGCUAGAGAAAUUCCUCAACAAACCCCCAAAGAGACUGGUCAAGAUGGUGCAUCCUCCAUUCCCAAGUCAAUCGAUGGCUUCCAGGCCAAUGAGGACCUGAACGGCGGGGGCAAGAAAUCUCGAAAGAAGAAAAAGCAGCAGAAACAACGUCGAGCCGAGUUGGCCUCCCAGGCCAUGAACAACACCGCUACCAAUAAAUGGGAGACAGGAAAGAAGGAUAUCGACUUCAUUUCCUCGCGAACGUGUGCUCUGCAGAGAGAGAAAAUUGCGUCAACUUAUCAUGAAAAUUCAAUGUCACUCUGUGCAACAAUCCGAGCCUUGGCACAGGCCCAUGCACCAAAGGAUAUUCAUGAGAUUGAUGACGAUCCUGUACUCGUCACGCAAGUGGGGGAGCUCAGCCAAAAGUACCCCGGCGUCCAACCUACAACUCUGAUUGGUUUGAUUCGAAUUACAAACAAUCAAAUUUCAGCUGCGGAUGAACUGGCCGACACCUUGUCCCGUCGACCUGAACUUACCUCUGUCUCAAACAUCAUCAGCUUUGUCUCGUCCCCGGUCACCCUCGACGAAGAAGAGGAGAAUGUGGCUCCAGCCCACCACGGAGAAAGUGCUUCGGACUUUAUGGAUUUCCACGAAGCUGCUUCCGCCGCCAACUCUCACUUCGCGGCCCGAUCACUUGCCCUCGCCCAGGCAUCCCAGUCCGCCCGCCGUGCUCGCUCAAAUCCCCUCUACGGAGGCGCCUCUGCCUAUUACCGGGACGUCGGAAACGAACAGCGUCAACUUGCCAUGCGCCAUCUAGCGGUAGCUUCUGACCGACUGGUGGAUCGCCAGUCCUCGCAUGCUGAUCUCGAUCUGCAUGGUGUGACCGUUGACAAUGCGGUCAGAAUCACCCGUGAGAGGGUGCAGGCGUGGUGGGACGGGCUGGGAGACCAAAAGUACGUCCGUGGCGGAGGCCGGAGUUCCCACGGCGGGUUCAAUAUUGUGUGCGGUCUUGGUCACCACUCCCUUGACCGUAAAUCACAUAUUGGACCCGCCGUGUGGAAUAUGCUGCAGAAGGAGGGUUGGCGUGUGGAGCUCAACCGGGGCUCCAUGCUGGUGACCGGAGUGAACCGGCGCUGA